AUGAAGAAAGACCCCCUGUCGCUCUUCCAGCUCCAGGCUAACUACCUCCUAGACAAGAUCAAGCUGGUCGCACAGCCUCCCGGUCUCUAUGCGUUGGUUGUGGACCGUAAAACCGAGACGGUGCUCUUUCUGGUGAUCCCCAAACUGACAUUGCUACGGGUCGUCACUGCUGUGGAGUCCAUCCACCAAAAACGCCCGUUGCAGCCAUUUCUUCAAGCUAUAUACUUGGUGGAGCUGCUGGUGUUCAACUUCAAUUGCAUUUUGGCUGAUGUCAAGUCCAAACGCUACAAGGUGGGCCAUGGACUCUUUGUUCCUCUCAGUCAAUGGGAGGAAGAGGCAUCUCACUUUUUUCAUCUGUCCAAAUUCUUGCAGAAUCCUGACGUUGAUGCCUUCUUUGGCCAUGGAGCCAACAUCGACGUUGUUCAUGCUUCUAUGGUUCCUGUGGAAUCUCGAGUAUUUUUGGCUGAUCGAUUAACUCCUAACUCCAUGCCAAUUUAUUAUAACGAAAACUGUGGUGACUUGGUGUUGCCUCAGGUUCGCCGUGCUGCUCGUGCCAUUGUGAAUGCGGUGGUUGUAGCCGACGAGUAUCCGCUUAUCCGCUUCUACUCACUGCCAGACUCUACUCACCAAGCUGCCAGAUUACCUGAAUUGAUCGCAGACGAAGUCCAGCGCCAGAUCGACGAGUAUGCGCGUGCAAACCAUAACUACCCACCUCCAUCUGCUGGAGAUAAGCCACGUGCUAUCUUACUUAUCUGUGACCGGACCUUGGACUUGUAUGCUCCGCUCUUGCAUGAGUUUACUUACCAGGCCAUGGCUAUGGACAUUGUGGAGGGAUUGGAGAGACAAAACAAGUACGUGUAUACCGUGGAGAACGAGCGUGGUGAGGAGCAGAAGAUGGAGACUUCACUAGACUCCGAGGAUGACGAUACUUGGGUUGCAUUGCGUCAUAUGCACAUUAUCGAGGCUUCGGAAUUGAUCAUUUCAAGAAUCAACGACCUUAUAAAGAACAAUCCAUUGAUGGUCGAUAGAUCAAAGGCAAAGACCUCUUCGGACUUGAUGUAUGUGGUGGCCCACUUGCAGGGCUUUGAUGACGAGCGUCGUCAGGUCACCUUGCACAAGACAUUGAUUGACGAGUGCUUGGAUAUCAACGCCAGCCGCAAAUUGGCCGAGUUCGCCGCAGAUUUCGAGCAGACAUGCACGGCUGAAGGCACAUCGUUCGAAGGCGUCCACAACAAGCGUUUGCACGACGACUUGAUUGUGCUCUUGGCUAGAGACGACCUACAUGUUAACGACAAGGUGAGACUUGUGUUAAUCUACAGUCUUUACAGAGGUGGUCUCGCCGAGAGCGAUUUUAUCAAGCUCGCCAGGUUCAUCGGCGUCAAGGACAAUCAAAUCAUUUCGCUUGUUCUGCGGUGUUUCUUCAAUCUCCGCAAGUUAGACUUCCCCAUCGUCAAGAAGUCCGUCAAGGACAAAAAGGUACUGCGCCAGACAUUUCAUACCAUAAACAAUGAUGGAACUUACAACACUUCCAGGUUUGCGCCGGGCCUCAAGCGAGUCCUCUACAACGCCGCUAAGUACGAAUUGGACGAGGAGUGGUUCCCAUACUUCCGCGACAAGCCAUUGGAAGACGACGUUCCACGCAAGAGUGGCCUUAAUCCAGUGGGUGGUGAGUCAGGCUCCAUGAGAAAUCCAAGAGUGAAAGCUUCGUGGGCUCCCACCAACACUCGCUCGGGCCCCACGUCCUCCAAGAACAGACAGCGUGUGUUUUGCUUUGUUGCUGGAGGUGUAACACUCUCCGAGGUACGCCUGAUAUAUGAGCUUUCUACAUCUCUUAACAAGGACUUUUAUUUGGGUUCGGAGUCGUUGUUGAAGCCUCGCGACUUCUUGAUCGGACUCCAAAGCAUUGACGACGUGAAGACACUCCAAUCUCUUGACAUUCCGCUCUAUCAGGAAUUGACUGCCGGCGACAAGGCCCCAGAGUAUCUUUUGGAGUUGCCAAAGCCAGUCAACGUUCCAUCAGCUCAGGGUAGCCCUCACAGUCAACAGGGCCACCUGCGCUCAUCACUGAAAUCCGGUACUAACGUCAUUAGUGGCGGCUUUGGAACUGCGGUACCAAACCCACAGUUGCCUCAGGGUUCAAUCAAUCCGAAUACACCCAAGCAUUACCAAAAGAGAAGCUCACUUACGGGAUCUGCUAAUGAGAAGGAAAAGAAGCAGUCGAGAUUGAAGAGAUUGUUUAAGUAA